AUGAUUGUGCGAUUUGUUGCAUUCUGCAACCUCUUGUGGCUGUCGUUGGCUGGCCCGGGCUUCGUGCUUUGCAGGUCCUCGCUAAUCGAUCCUAUGCAACACGAACUUCAGCUCGUAAACGCCAAGACGUUUACAAUGAAAGUUAAGCUUGCCAGGCAAAUGACUUCAACCGCUGCAUUCUUUUACAAGGCCUCAGAUUCUGGAGUCAAGGCACUCAUCAACGACCAGCUGGAUGUCGUCGCCAAGGACCUCAAGGGUAUUGUAUCCAUCGUCGCCAUCGACUGUGGAGACAGCAGUAUGGAAUCGCACUGCACAUCUGAACUUGGAAAGGGCUACACAACUCCCGUACUUCGCAUUUAUCCCAAACUUCCCAUGCCUGCCUACAAUUUUCAGGGCAAGUUUGUAAAGAAUGAGAUUAAAAAGGCAUUGCUAAAACACAUUCCAUCGCAUGUGGAGAUUGUAGAAAAGUCAAAGUUGCCAGAGUUCCUGAGCAAGUUUGACACAAUGCCCAAAGUUUUGCUCUUUUCGGACAAGAGUCAGCCGUCUUACAUUUAUAAGGCUCUCAGUGUUGCCUUUCACAAAAAACUAUUUCUCGGUUUCGUAGACGUCAAUGUGCACCCCGACCUUAAGAAGCAGUACAAGGUAAAAUCUGUUCCUCACCUUGUCCUCAUCAAGACAAACUCCAAAGUCGAGACUUACGAUGGAGAAUUCGAGUACCUUAAAAUGUUCGAGUGGCUCAAUGUCUAUGCCGAAACAUUCUUACUCGGUGGAGGCUACGCUGAUGAUGCCAAAAAGUCCAAGCCAAAGGCAUGGAAAUUCGAUCCACUUCCCAGAAUUGAUAUUGAAUCGCAGAUGGAUGUUUGCUUCAACAAAGCUCACGGUUUUUGCGUGAUUUACUUGACAAAGGGACCAAUUAGUACUGAGGACAAGAACAUGCUCAUCGACUUGAGCGAAAACUACAAGGGACAGCUCAACGGUAAAUGGAUGUGGAUGGACCUCUCCAUCGAGAAAGAGUUUGCAAAGCUCUUUAAGUCUGCCAAGGCAUUCCCAUCUCUGGUCAUUUUCAACCCAAAGAAGAAGCUUCGCUACCUCCUACACGAUGGCGACUCACCAAUUGACAAGGCAGCAAUCGAAAAGCUCAUGGACAAAGUACUGGGUGGAGGUGCCAGAUUCACUCUCUUGAGUGGAUCUCUACCGGCCUUCGCCGCUGUAGAGGCUCCAGAGGACGAACUUUAG